AGACAAACAGCAGCAAACCGACGACGCUCUUUCGACACCAUUUUUCAUGCCCAUUCUCGGAAGUGGGCUUUGCAGACAGAAUGUCGUAUUACUUCGACGACUGAGGGAUGUUCCUCUUACUGCGCAUAGGACGUUCCAAGCGCGUACCGGAAGGCGCACAUUUACUGUUCUUGGCUUCGAGAGUUCAGCGGAUGACACCUGUGCAGCUGUCGUGACAUCCUCGCGUCAAAUACUUUCGAACGUCGUUGUGAAGCAGCAUGAUCUCCACGAAGGUUUCGGCGGUAUUCAUCCAUCUGUAGCCAUUGAAGCACACCAGCGUAAUAUGCCGGGUGUUGUCAGAAUGGCUCUCGAACAGGCAUGUAUUAGCAUUCACGACAUCGACGGGAUUGCAUUUACGCGAGGUCCAGGAAUCGGAGGCUGCCUUAGUGUGGGCUCGAAUGCCGCAAAGUCCCUUGCCGCCGCCCUCGGUAAGCCUCUUGUCGGUGUCCAUCACAUGCAAGCACACGCCUUGACCCCCCUGCUCACGACUCCAACCUCAGAUCUCCCUCAGUUUCCUUUCUUGACAUUGCUUAUCUCUGGAGGCCAUACGCUUCUACUUUUAGCUUCAUCUCUUACCUCAUUCCAGAUCCUUGCAACAACAGCAGACGCGAGUAUUGGACGCGCGUUUGACAAAACAGCCCGAGCACUUGGCCUGUCUUGGGGAACCAGAGGCCCUGGCGCAGCACUCGAGGAGCUAUGCCGCGUGACAGAUGAUGAACUGGAAUCCCUACCCGACAUCCAACCAUUCACUGUCCCAAUGCCAGGAAAACUUGCCUUUUCCUUUGCAUCCCUACAAUCUUCAGUAGAGCGCUACAUUUCUCUCAUGGAAGAACCUCUAUCCAGUUCACAUAAAAUUGCCUUGGCUCGUGCAUUCCAGGCAGCCGCAGCUCGUCAACUCUGUGCCAAGCUUACGUUGAGCCUUCAAAAGCUCGAGCUGAAAAACGUGAUCGUCAGGGAUGUUGUCGUUAGCGGCGGGGUUGCCAGCAACAUCUUUUUACGCGAAAAACUCCGAGCAGCGCUGGAUGAGUACAGCUCUGAUGAGCGCAUAUCGCUCCAUUUCCCCCCGCUGGAGUUAUGCACAGACAAUGCGGCGAUGAUUGCAUGGGCUUCGAUGCAUCGGUUCCUCGCUGGUGAUUAUGACGACUACACGGUAGACCUUCGUGCCAAAUGGAGCAUCGAGGAUAUCAGAAUAUGAAGCGUCUCAAAUAUGACUAGUUGCAUGCUCUUCCUCGAUGUGUUCGAUCACACAAUGACUACUAGUGGAGGAGGGUGUCAGUCAGAUACAAAGCGAACGACUUUGUCUACAACAAUCUAUGGGUGGCUUGGUGGUGUAAGACACGGCGUAUUGGACAACGUGGCAAAUGGCAAGUCCACUGGUGGUAUGCGCGAGAUUCUCGUUGAUUUUAAGCGCAUGGAAACUCAUGUAUGCCGAACGAAUUAGUAGUUCCUCGUGGUUCUAGGUAGUACUUAGUGAUAUAUAAAACCCACAGACGGAGGUAUAAUGGACUAUGUAGAUUCUUGUUCCUGUGCAAUAAUCUAAUACAAUGAAGAGGCGGAUGAUACAUAAU